AUGGAAUGUCAUUUACCAAAAGAAACACAACAAAUCGACCGAGUUAUGGAAGCUUUUGCAAAAAGAUAUCAUGAAUUGAAUCCUGAUUUGUUUGCUUCUUCAGAUACUCCAUAUGUUUUGGCAUUUUCUUUGUUGAUGCUUCAUACUGACGCUUUUAAUAAAAAUGUAAAACGAAAAAUGACAAAAGAGGAUUUUAUAAAAAAUACUCGUAUUGAUGAUGAUGUCGAUGUUAAUGGACAGACAAUGCUUGAAUCACCAACUUCUGAUCAUCGUCAACUAAAAAUCUUUUCUUCUUCAAAGGAUAAAAGAAAAUCAUUGCGUCCUAAGAAUGAUCCUUAUCAUAAACAAGGAACUGAAUUUAAGCCAUACCUCAAAGAUAUAAUUCCAGUCGAAAAUCCAUAUUCUUAUAUUGGUACACUUCCUUCUUUAGAUAUAGUAAACCUUCAUCGUGCAUUUUCAUCAGCUCAAACAAUUCGUAUUACUGGUGUCCAAAAUCGACGUAAUGGCGAUUCAUUUAGUUCAACAACUAGUUCAUUUCAACCUUCAAAGGAUGGAACCUUCCUUUUAAAGAUAACAAAAGGUGGUAAACUUGGAAGAAAAGUUGAUUUAAUUGAUGGUAAAAAGAAAGGUGGAAGAAAUUGGAAAUUAUAUGGUGUUAUAUUAAGUGGAAGUCAAUUAAUGUUUUUUAAAGAUGAAGCAUGGUUUAAUACUCAAAUAAAUGAAGAAGAAAAAGUUGUUAGUAAAAAACAAUCAGAAAGAAUUUCUAGAUUUGGAAAUUCUGGAAUUAACAGAAGAGAAAGUAGAAAAGGGAGUGAUAAGUUUAGACCUUUGUUUAGAUUAAAAGAAGAUAGUGCUAAAGAUGCACAAGGACGAGCUAACUUGUUACGCACAAAGAUCGAAGAACUUCAAGGAAAAAUUUCAACUUUAACUGCUCAACUCCAAAACGAAGUUCGAUUUCGUAAUAAUCUAUUUCUCAUGAUCCCUUAUAGGGCAUCAACGCGAGAUCGAAUAGUACAAAUUGCAAUUACAGUAGCAACUAAACUUCGGCACACAUGUCUAGAAUUAUCUAGACUUCUAUGCUAUCAUGAAAUAUUGGAAAAAGAUUUAUGUGCUACAGUAAUGGAGGAUGAUAGGUAUUGGCUGAAUAGGAGAAGUAUGUAUAGGCUUUGUGGUGAAAGCAGUUCAGAAGAUAAUAGCAAUAUUUCUUUAAUUGGAUCUAUAACGGGUGGUGAUGGUGUUUCAGCUAUGAUGUCGAUGAUGAAUACUGAAAAUAAGGAACCAUCUAAAAAAUUGUUGGACAUAGAUGAUAUUAAAGAUAUAGCCGAUAUGACCAAUAUAACUAAAUCAUUUGGCUUUGAAGAAGAUUCCACUACAACAGUUAUCAAAUCUUCAAAAUCACCAUCAAGAUUUAUUAAAACUGAUCACAUUAACAAUAAUAAAGUUGAAGUGAAAGACAAAGGCAAGAAUGAAAAAAUUCAAACAGUACCAAUCUCAAUAUUACCAAAAAGUUCUACAUCGUCAUUAUCAUCUAUGCCAUAUUCAAGUAACGGCGGUGAUAGUUAUGGUGGGGGUUCAAGUCAAACCACUGUUUCCCAGCACGAUGAAGAAGAAUAUGUAUAUCGUCAUGUAAAUGCAUCAGAAUUUGACUUGGGAUUUGAAAGAGAUAAUAGCUUGGAUGAUAGUAAAGAUGAUGGAAUAUCUAUAUAUGAAAAUAAUGUUAUUAAAGAUGAUGUUGUUGCAGUUAAAUUUGAUGUAAAAGAAGUGAAUAAUAGUGACUUUGCUAAAGAUAGAUCAGAUAUAAUAGAUUUGCAAACAAUAGAUCCUCAAAUUAUAGAAGCUUUAUAUAUAACGGAUAAUAGUCCAUCAAUUAUAUUUAAUAAUCCUAUUAGUGAAGAUAUUGAUGGUGAUUCGGACGAAGAGUUUGUAGAUGCUGAGGAAUAUAUUGAUAACAAAUAG